UUUUUCUGCGGAUCUCUGUAAUCAAGUAGUCAUUCCUGCAUCCCUCUGUUAAAUUUCUGUCUUAAUCUCGAUGACCAUCACGCUUAGAUUGGUCUAGAUUCGUUAUCUUCGCACGUCGCUCUCCCAGGCUCGUCUGAGUUCUUCAUGAAGAAGAAGCAGCCCCAAUGCUCGUGCGAAAUCAAACCAGCCGCUAGUGUUGCAGUUUAGCCCUUGUACAUCCUUUUCCGUGGCUUUUCUGUGUCAAAUCAACGGCGACACUACAAUUCUCUUUUGAUUCUAAUUAUUGUUUUGAAUUUGGUCUUGCGGUUUCGCGAGGCAGAGAUUUAAAGCUGGUUUGAAGCGGUGAUUUCAUUUUGUUUUUGAUUUACACCUUUAUUGGAUCUGGUAUAUUUUCUGUGUUUCAAACUUGAAUCUCAAGUUUUGAAUCUCUGGUUCUUUUUUUGAAGAAUUUGGCGAUGAUUAGUGUUUUAUCCGCGCUUCCGAGCUUUGGCAAUGAAGCAGAAAAAUAACAAUGGUUGAAUUUCUUAAUAUGAGCCAUAAAAUUGGUUUUUUACAGAUUUCUGAUUUGAGUUAGUUGAUCUACUGCUGUGAUGAUAACAAUUCAGCUUUAAACGCCAGUUCUGCUUCUGAACAUCAUUGAUUGAAAAAGCUGUUUUUUGUUCUCUGAGCCUCUUAAUAAGAUCUCUCUGUUUUCCUCCAUACUUUGCCUUGAAUUUUCCAUUGAGUUUAACUAUACUCUUUCCUGCUUUUAUGGGCUUAGGGUCUGAAAAACUCAGAAAGCCAUGUGUUAUCUAUCAGCUUCUUCUCUGCAAAAACUGAGAUUGGAGUUAAAUCGUAGUACAAAACUUUUGCCAUUGAUGAUCAAAUCCAUAUAAAUGAGGUGUGGUGGAGCCAGGUUCCUGCUUGCCAGGAUGAACCUCCUGUGUGAAGUCAUUCCAUAUGAUAUUUCUGGAUUCAACUGAGGCAAAUCUUUAUUUUAACAUUUCACCUUUGAAUUAUUUAUUCAGAGCAUCUCCAAGGGGUAGUGCAAAAAUGAGUAAAGUCUAAAAAUGGAAGGUUUAGCAUUUACCCUACAAAAUAGAAGGGAGUGUAUUUUUCCAUUCUCGAAUGCCAAAUAUACAUGCUAGGGUAGAUAGUGGAAAUUAAGUUCCGCCUGUUUGCUGCUAAUCUUCUCUGCUUUGCCAAUUGCCAAUCGAGCUCUUCCUGUUCGCCAAUCGCCAAAUAUUCUGUUCCGUUGCUCCUCUGCAACUAUGGAGAUUUGGAUUUGCAUAAAAAAAUUGUUGUGAUUGCCUGCAAUUUCAAGCUAGGCGGCUGUGUUUUUUUUCAUUUUGAUGUCGGCGACCACAAAUUCCUUUUGAUAUGCAAUUAUGGAUCUUGUUUUGUAGAUUUGUAAAUUUGUUAGUUGUCAAGGAACUAACUCAACCAAAAGUUCAAGCUUGUGGUUGUGAUCUAGGAAUGAUUGUUAUACGAAGCUAAUGAUGAUAAUCUUCAUCCUCUUCGUCGCCUCCGACCCGCCAUUGCUUGUGCACUCGGAGAAAAUCAUCCACCCUGUCCUCAGAGGGAAAAAGUCCACCGACAACGACGGGAUGGGAGGCGACGGGGGAGGCAAUGCCAGUCUUAAGAAGAUAUGCGAAGCGACGGAAGACGCGAAGCUGUGCGUCUCCACGAUCUUCCCGCUCCUGAAACGCCGUGGCGGAGCAACCACCGUGCAGGCGGUUCUGGAGGCGGGGAUCAACGCGAGCUACGAGCUCGCAAAGGUCGGGAACGCCAUGGCGAAGAAGCUCGCCAUGGGGCCCACCGGGGGCUCCGAAGUAAAGGAUUGCCAGGGGAGCUUCGACGACGCAUUGUACAACAUCAACCAGACGAUCGAGGCCCUGAAGAGCCAGGACGUCGGGACCAUGAACUCAAUGCUCAGCGCCGUCGUGUCUGAUAUGAGCGACUGCGACUCCUCGCUCGCCGGAAAUGGCUCUCCGUUGACGAACAUCGGAGAUAAGCUCGCUAACGUGACUAGCAUCUGUCUCGGCAUUGUUUCCCAAAUGGAGGGAUAAUAAUAGACAUGCUCUCUUCGUCCCUAAAAAACUCCAUACAUUCCUUUUUUUGUUGUUUCAAAAAAGUUAUUUCUCUUUUACAUGAAUUUUUAGCACACAAUUUCACUUUUUCAUAAAUCUUGUAAAAAAACAAACAAGAAUUUCUUUUAGGGACGAAAAGAGUAUUAUUAUAAAGAUUUGAUGAUCCC